AAUUGUUUAAAUUAUGUUACAAAUUCUAUUGUUACCUAUUGUUUUAACUGCUUAUUCACAUGCAUGUAUACCUACACAAAAUGUAGAUUCAAACAACCCUGGAGGAAGCAAUCCUGGCGGGCCAAGUGCAACAACUACCACGAGUUCAACAACUACUACAACUACAACUGUUGCAACCACGACAACAACAGUAACCGAGCCGCCUUUUCCUUGUAACGCAUGUCCCAAAGUCUACGACAAUACUUGCCAAGGCUUUGGAAUUCCUAAUUUACUACAGUGGUGUCCUACAGCUGCCGAAGCUGGGAUUACAUAUGUACUGGGAUUUGUGAAUGCUCUUCUUCCAUUUCUACCAGCUGGUUCUUGCGGAACAACUAUUGUCUGCCCGCUGACAACAGCGCUCAGGAUAAAAAUUCUGGGCUCUGAGAUACCAGCACCAGUUUUUUAUGCUUGGUGCGAAGAGUCUGGGGCAAAAGCUGGAAUAUGGUAUACUGGAACCUGGCUUACACCGAUAGAGCUUGUUUCAUUGGCGUGUAAGCCAAUUAUAUAGACGAUGGAUUGAUAUUUUUCUAGAGACAUAACAUAUUCGAAGCGUAGUUACUGGUACUGUACAAAUAAUAAUACUUAUAAAACUUAAUAAUUGUUGACAUGUUUUGCUGAAAUAAAAGUUUUU